ACUUUGAUUUCGUCGUCGCCAACAAAGAGAAAUUAAAUUAAGGAGGUUGACACUAUUUCGCACUCACUCCCCUUUCUUCAUUCCUUUCAUCGCACUUCAAACUCCUUUGCUACUGGAAUCUUCUCAGAAUGGCGUCUUUAUCCAAUUCUGUUGUCAUAUCGAGGAGCCCCGCAGUCGAUUUAUCUUCUGGCUCUUCUUUGAAGUCUGCUGAUCAGUUUAUGAGACCCACUCACUUGGCCUUGAGUUUUAAGGGCAACAACAGACCAUCCACCAACAAAAGGAUACUCACAGUUCAAGCAAGUUAUAGUGAUGAUGGAAGGCCAGGCAGUGCAAGCAUCUUUGUCAGUGGCUUUGUUUUAGGGGGAUUAAUUGUUGGGACACUUGGAUGUGUUUUUGCACCUCAGAUCAGCAAGGCUUUAAAUGGAUCUGACAAAAAGGAUCUCAUGAAAAAGCUGCCAAAAUUUAUCUAUGAUGAAGAAAAGGCCCUGGAGAAGCAACGCAAGAAACUGGCUGAGAAGAUUGCACAACUGAACGAUGCCAUAGAUAAUGUAUCCACUCAGUUGCGAUCAGAAGAGCAGCCGCCAAAUGGAGCUGCAGUGAGUUCAGAUGACGUUGAGGCUCUCAUCUAAGACUGCCAACAUGUACAACCUUUCCUCUAAGGAAUGCAGGGGAGUUGGUGUUUUUGUUGAUGGUCCAGGAAUAGGAAACCACAUCAAAGCUGGAGCCAAGAAGGUGAUCGUUGUAUAUAACGAAACUGCAUCAUGGAUUAUAAUAACUCAAAAAGAGAUAAUAUGACAAGACAAGAUUGAUAGUAAUGAUUUCAUCAUAGUAUUAUGUAAUCCAUUAACACUACUUCAACUAUUUUUUCUCGUUUCUCUCUCA